AUGAAAUUUCUAAUCAUUGCUGACAGUCAUGGAAAAAACAUGGCUUCGUAUUUAUCAAAACUACCAUAUACAGUAAUUAUUAAGUCAAUCCCUGGUUUAAAGUUCGUGGAUAAUUAUCAAAAGAAUCUAUCAUUAUUACAUAUGCUUUUUUCUCAUGAAUUGCAAACAGCAUUGGAAGAUACAGAUUCAGUUCUGUUUUUAAUUGGUACAAAUUCAAUUCGAUGUUUUACAUCAUUCGAAAUAAUUAAUCAAAUUCAAGAGAUAGUUUUCUUUCUUAAACAUAGCUAUGUUCAACUGAAUCGUUCUGGAUCUAUUACAAUAUGUGCGACAAUGCCUUGUUUGAAAAGCACCCGAAAGUUUCGAACUGAAAAACAAUUAAUGAAUAAUAUUGAGUGUUACAAUGAACAAUUGAAUCGAUUAUCUUAUGAAAAGAAUUUCAAAGUAUUAAAUUUGCCGAUUGACGUUUAUCAACUUUCGUGUGAUAAGAUUCAUGUACAUUUUCGAUACCAAUACCGAAUUUUUAAUUGUAUUAUUGACCAUUUCAAUCUCAUGAACGAUCGAAUUUCAUCACGUAAAACAGAAGAUAAGGAAAAUUCGCAUAAAUAUUAUAAGAUCAAUCGAAGAGUAUGA